UAUAAGUGGUUAAGGAGGAAUAUUGAGUACUCCACCCAGUGUCCAACCUAAUUAAACGAUGUAACUCCUUGACUCUAUAUCUGGAUCCCCUGUUCUAAUUUCGAAGAAACAGUUUUGGUGUUUAUAAAACAUGUUCAAUGAACGCACACCACUCCGUCCGGAGCACAGAAAUGGAUAUACAUCACAUUUUCGACGAUACAACAAGAUUGGGAUAAUUAAUUUUCUUAGUUGUGCAAUGUUGGUGAUUUUAGCUAUGACUUUUAUAAUCCUUUCUUUCGUUUAUUUUGAAAUGGAGGACGAGCCAUUAAAUCCGUUUAGUAUUGAAACAAAUGGUUCAUUUGCUCUAUCCCUAAGUCUAGAAAAUGAUGAGGACUUUGGUUUGGAUGUGAAGCGAGAUGAAAUUUCAGAAGCUUUCAAUUUGGCCAAAAUGGAUUUAAAGCAUAAGGAGAGGCUUGACAGGGAAAAUCCAAUGAUUAGACCAAACAGUCCAUCUUACAGACACCAGCAGACUUUGAAAGGGGAAAACGGUUCUUAUGUUUAUACAGAAAAAGGCUAUUUGAUGAAUAGAGCCAUGGAACAUUUAAUAAGAAAUCAUCCAGAGAAAAGGCAAACCAUAUCUGAAAUUACCACUCAUAACUGGCUGAAUUUGGAAUUCUGCACCAAAGAAAGAGCCAAUUGUGAAUUUCCAUAUAGAAUGAUAAAUGGUUAUUGUAACAAUAAAAAACAUCCGAUGCUGUGGGGAGUAGCAAUGAGACCCUUUGCAAGAGAUCUUUCUGCUGAUUACUGCGAUGGAAUCGGAUCUCCAAGAUGUGCCAAGGACAAAACAUCUUUACCAUCAUCCAGGCUUAUUUCCCUAAAAUUGCAUAGGCCUGAGUACAAAAGUGAUCCUAAGUUUACAUACAUGUUUGCAGUCUGGGGGCAAUUCAUAGAUCACGAUAUGACUUCAACAGCACUCAAUAAAGGUGUGGACGGACAGUUUCUUUCUUGCUGUGGAGGUGUAAACCAUCCUGAAUGUUAUCCCGUCAACAUAUCCAGUGAUGAUCCAUAUUACAGCAAAUUCGGUAUCAAAUGUAUGGAAUUUGUGAGGAGUGCACCUGCACCAACUUGCAAAUUUGGUCGAAGACAACAGCUUAACCAAGUCACAAGCUAUCUUGACGGAUCAGUAGUCUAUGGUAGCAACCAAGAACUUGCAAACGAGCUCAGAGAUUUUUCAGGAGGGAAAUUGAGAAUGUUUUAUACAAAAGAUGGUCGAGAGCUUCUUCCAAUUUCCACUGAUCUAAAUGAUGGUUGUAAUCGGGAAGAGGAGGCAAAAAAGGGGAAAUAUUGUUUUUUGGCAGGUGACAGCAGAGCUAAUGAAAAUCUCCAUCUGACUUCAAUUCAUCUCAUAAUGGCACGACAGCAUAACAGGCUAGCUUCAAAUUUGUCAAUAUUAAAUCCAAAAUGGCAGGACGAGAAGAUAUAUCAGGAGUCUAGAAGGAUUGUCAUUGCACAGAUGCAACAUAUCACUUAUAACGAAUUCCUGAAACCCCUUUUAGGCGAAGAAACUAUGGAGAAAUAUCGUUUAAACCCGGAAGAUUAUGAAUACAAUGAGGAUAUUGACGCUUUGAUGAACAACAAUUUUGCAGCUGCAGCUUUCAGAUUCGCUCACACAUUACUUCCAAAAUUGAUGAAAAUCGCAGCAAAUAAUGCCACGUCACCGGAGCUUGUGUUGCUUCAUAAAAUGCUGUUCAAUCCGUUCCGUCUCUAUGAUGCGGGAAGUCUGGACUCAGUUAUUACCAGUGCGAUGAACACAAGGACAGAUAAACUUGAUAGAUUUUUUAACACUGAGACAACUCAACACCUUUUUCAAGACUUAAAAAAUGUAACAAACAAGACAUGUGGAUUGGAUCUUGUGACGCUGAAUUUGCAGCGUGGACGGGACCACGGUCUACCAGGAUACACUGAAUGGAGGAAGUUCUGCAAUCUCUCUCAGAUUAAAUCAUUUGCAGAUUUACAGCACAUAAUGGACAAAGAUUCUGUUCACGUUUUAAAGAAAUAUUACAAGGACAUUGAGGAUAUUGAUUUAUAUUCUGGGGCAUUAUCAGAAAAUCCCGAGGAAAAUGCGAUCCUUGGACCAACUGCAACAUGUUUAAUAGCAAAGCAAUUUCAUAAAAUCAAAUUUGGUGAUCGUUAUUGGUAUGAAGUAGAAGAAAAGCCACAAGGAUUUACAAAAGAACAACUGAGAGAAAUAAAGAAAACAACAUUGGCUAAAAUAAUUUGUGACAAUUCAGAUUCAAUUGAAGUUAUACAAAAGUAUGUGAUGGAAAUCAUGGAAGACAGUAAUGAUCAGAUCAAUUGUGAUAGUCUUGAAGAAGUAAAUCUUCAGUUGUGGUCAGAUUCGCACAGUCAGGGACAGUUACAAAGUUUAGAAAAAAGGAAUGGGACAAAGCCAUCUGUUAUAAAACUAUAUGCAUCAACUACUCUGGUCCAAGGAGAGAUUUUUGGUGGCUAUGACAACGGGGACUUUGUAAAAUUGUUUGAUGGUACUUUGCCAGCUGAAGUUUAUGUUGAUAACUUCACAGACCCAAAUGGGUAUGAUGUCAGUGCAAUUAUCGAGUGGAAAGGGGUCGCAGUAAACAACUCAUUAUCAGGGUCAUACAGCCUCCCAGUCAUGAGGAACUCGGUGGUCAAAUAUUGGAAAGGGAAUUUCACUGCGCUUGUGAAAUACAAAUGGGGCGGCUCUUUGGACAUAAUCGAGCCAUAUAAGAUCUACAAGUGCAAACUCAUGUUUAACGAUUUUAACAAAAAGGCGAGAAUGACGCUCAAAGGGAAAACCGUAAAAGACCCUGAAAGCUGUACGAUAAUGCUAGCGGGUUCUUUCUAUAAAAAACCAUUUUACUGCGCCUUGACACCUUGGUGGUGCUCUGAUGAAAAGAUUUUCUACUGGUCUGGCGAUGCUGAACUUAUUAUAAGAAAAUUAGCAGCAAACGUUACCGUCCCAGAAAAACUGAAUUAUAAAGCUGUACCACUUGUCAAACUGGAUGGCAAUGAAGAUUAUAUUGCUAAAAACAUAGCAAAAAACAAUAAAUCUGAAAAAAUUAUUACUGUCAGUACAUUUAUUGGAGGUGAAAUAACGGCAAGUUUGGACAUACGAAAUUCCAUAAAUAUUUACAACUGUACAUUUCCAAUGAGUAUAAACACAGAAGAUUUUAUAAGCUCUGAUGAACACUGUAUGAAAACACGUUUGGAGUUUAAAGGAAGUACGAUCAGCAAUAAUACUCUUGCGGGAUCUUUCAGUUUAUCAGUAUUUAAUAGGAUCUGGACUGGGAAUUUCACCGCUCUAGUCACCUCUGAAAAGGGCGGCUCUAUGUGUACCAUUGAGCCUGAAAAACUUUAUAAAUAUAUUAUUAUUUUUGACCCGUCUAAACAACUUUCGUCUGUUGAGGAAAAAACAAACUCAGAGAGUUGUACAAUCAUGUUAAGUGGAAAGUUUAACGGAAGAAUGUUUGACUGGAAUGGAAAUUUAGAGAUUAAGUUGAAAAUUUAUAUGCCUGAGAAUUUCCAAACAAAUUCAGAAUUAAAUGGCAAUGAAAAAAUGUUCAAAAGGAUUUUGAACGAAGAACCCCCAAAGCCAGUUUUCAAUAAAAUUAAAACCACCAUAGUAGGUGGGGAAAUUUUAGGCUUUGGCGAUGAUGGCAAGGCAAUACAAAUUUUUGAUGGGAAAUUUCCAGCGGCUGUAAAUUUUGACAAUAUUACUGAUCCAUUUAGUUUUGAUAAUAGUCCGAGAAUCAGUUGUGAAGGGAUUUUUUCUAACAACAGUAUAUCAGGGACAUUUAUUUGGCCAAUAACUAAAGAAGAAAAGACAAAAUAUUGGAGAGGAAAUUUCACUUUGAAUGUUUAUUAUUUACAAUCUCCUUUGUUUGUAAUAGAGCCUCAUAAAAAUUACACGUGCAAGCUCGUAUUCAACAUGAUUCAGCAACCGUCUUUAAAGGAGGAAGGCAACAGCGAGGAAGACACCUGCAUCAUCAUCGUUGGACUGUGGAUUUACAAACAACCCUUUUACUGCUAUUUAAUGCCUUGGUCUUGCAAUAAUAACAAAGCUUAUUAUUGGAAUGGAGAUGUCGAGGUGAUUUUAAAGAGUCGAGGAUUGAAUUAUUAUCCUCAGAAUGAUUAUUCACAAUUUAUGAAUGAUCACAAGAAUGAUUCGUACCACAAUACUUUUAUUAAUAUACAUAGGCAUACAGUAGAGGGCAAAGUGAGGAAUGGCUAUGUUAAAGUUUACCGACCGAACAAACUGGAAGUCUGGAACGGUGGUCUUCCAGUUGAUAUCCAGCUACCCGUCUUUUGGCAGCCGGACCCAGACGUGAACAAUUUGCAUGACAACUACACGCAUGGAGUUCUAUUCAGCUGUUCAUUCUUCCAAUCUUCUAUCCAAGGAUCUUUCAAGCUACCACAGUAUACGAAAUUCGGUUUGAUAGAAUGGGCAAUAGGGACAUUUUCGUUUCAAGUCGCCCCUUUAAAAGGGGGUACUUUGUAUGAUAUGCUUAUGCCAAAUGUUGAGUAUUAUUCGUCAAUUCACUUUCACGAUAUUGACAAAAAAAUGCCAAUUUUGCAUCUCGAGAAUGGCAAGACGUUCGGCGGAAGACAAAAUUUGAACAUGACAAUUUUAAUUUUAGGCAAGCAUAAUUUUGGUCCGAGCAAAACAUUCACUUGGAAUGGGAAAUUUUAUAUCAUCAUUGACAACAUCCCAUACAUGCAAAGAUUAAUAUAAAAGGUUGUCUCCCAAAAUUGUUUAAUUGGAAAAAACGUAGAUUUUUAUUUAAGAACUGGCAUUGAAUUAGAGGUAUAAUUUAAUAAUUUAGCAUCAAGAAAUUUAAAUAACUCAAUAUAUUACAGUAGAAUCUGUAUUUAACUAUAAAACUGUACAUAUUUGAUUUAAAAUGCAUUUUAUUGUGAUUUUAUUGUACAUUUAGGUUAAGUUUACUUAACAAUAAAUAAGUUAUUUUAUAUUAUUAGGAACCAUUAUAACCAUCAUCAUUAUAAAUGCAAUCUGAUAUGUAAAAUGAAGACAGUAUUAUAUUAUUAUGGAAAUAUUUUUUUUAAUAAGAAAAAAUAUCUGUCUGUCAUCACAUUAGAAAAACAAUUGUAAGAAGAAAUGCAAUUGUUUUUAAAAGCACUUUAUCCCUGGAUAUUUGAAACUAAUACAAUAAAAUGACUAUUUUAAGGUUUUUAAAAGUUUAAUUAAUUCUUUUUAUUUACUUUUAUAAAUGAUUUUGAAUUGAAUGCUAUUGAGCAUUAAAGAAACAAAGAUUUUACACUAAUGUAAGUACAAUGAAGUUAAUAAAAUUUACAUUUUUAGAA